AUGUCUUUCCUCACUAUUCUUAUAGUCUCUCAGGCUCAGGAUCUCGUGGUCUCCCAACCCAGCUCUGCUCAAGGCAUUGAAGGCAGCUCUGUCACCUUAAGGUGUUCCUACAACUAUACCUCCAAGCCAAAGGUUGGCAGCUACCAGUGGGUGAAGGAUCCAGGCCUGGUGGUGGUCAAAAACUCCACCCCAGAAUUCAUGGGGAGGCUGAACUGCACCUCUGACCUGCGCUUCCUCUUGGACCAGAGAGCAGACUUAGAGUUACAGGAUCUGAGACAUUAUGACUCGGGGAUAUACAGAUGUGUGGUGAGCAUCUAUGGUGUACAAGAAGCCUCAGGAAAUGGGACGAAGCUCCAAGUGAUGAAAGCAGCAACAGGACCAGGAGAUGUGCAGCUAGGAGACAACAUGGUGCUCGUAUGGCUCAUCUUGCGUGGCUUUCUUUACACCUUGGGGAUCGCUGUGGUGGCUCUGCUGACACAUCUGCAUUAUAGAAAGACAAUUUCCCAGGAGGUCCAGAAGAGGCAAAGUUACUAUACAGAGAAUGAAUAUAGAGCAGCAACGGGGAACUACAGCAGCGACCUCCUCUCAAGUGGCCGUACCAAGAAACUUCAGCUCUCCAUUUCGAAGGUCCAAACCAGAUGA